GUCAACAGAGACACUCUGCCUCCCGAGCUGGUAAUUUUGAUGCAUGGAGCGAGACGAAGCACGCAAAUAAGAAGCAACAAUGGCGGCCAUUCUGAUUCAAAACUAGGCCCUUCUUCAACUCUAAACACUAAACUCAAACCCAUUCUGGUUUUUUCUCUGUUCAUCUUUUUCCUCUCUUUUCGUGCCCCGUUUUCCAUUAUUCAAUUCCCCCCUCUCUUCCCUAGAGAGAAAAAAAACCCAAAAACAAGCAUCCAAAGCGCGGCGUGGGUAGUGGGUUUUGUUUUGAUAAUCUCAAGAUAAUGCUCCUCAGUUCUGUAUUUUAUUGGCUUCAAUUUGAUUCCCUUCCUUGAUGGAUCGCCAUUGCUAGUUCUUCGAGAGAAACGGAAAGAGGCUGCAAUAUCAAUGAUACAAACUCGAGAAGAAGGAUUUGGAAAUUGAUGCAAAUGUCGUCGACCCCUUCUUCGAGACACUAUUUCCCCUUCUUCCUCUUCUUCUUCUUUUUCUCUGUUCUUCACUGUGUUUCUCGUGUCUCUGCUUCUAAUGGCGAAGCCUCUCUGUUAUUUUCAUGGCUUCGAAGUUCUGGUAGUCGUUCUCAUUUCUCUGAUUGGGAUGUUUUUGACGCUAAUCCAUGUAAUUGGACCUCCAUUUCUUGCUCCUCUCAUGGGUUUGUUACUGGGAUCAAUAUUCAGUUUGUUCCUCUUCGGCUUCCUCUGCCUUCGAAUCUCUCUUCGUUUCGGUUUCUUCAGAAGCUUGUUAUCUCCGGUGCUAAUGUUACCGGAAAAAUCCCCGACGAUAUCGGAAACUGUACGGAACUCGUAGUUCUUGACUUGAGCUUCAAUAAUCUCGUGGGGUCUAUUCCUGAAAGUAUUGGAAAUCUCCGGAAGUUGGAGGACUUGAUUUUGAACGAAAACCAGUUGACGGGGAGUAUUCCGGCGGAGUUAGGGUUUUGCUCUAGCCUCAAGAAUAUCUUCAUUUUUGAUAAUUUGCUGUCUGGAUUUUUGCCGCCGGACGUUGGAAAAUUAGGAAAUCUCGAAGUUCUUCGAGCGGGAGGUAACAAAGAAAUUACCGGAGAAAUCCCACCGGAGAUUGGAAACUGCAGUAAACUGACAUUUUUAGGGCUUGCCGAUACUCAGAUUUCCGGGCGAUUACCGUUGUCUUUGGGAAGGCUUCAGAAGCUUCAGACAUUGUCGAUUUACACGACUUUGCUCUCCGGUGAAAUUCCUUCCGAUCUAGGCAACUGUUCUGAGCUUGUUGAUUUGUAUCUUUAUGAAAAUAGUCUCUCUGGUUCGAUUCCACCACAGAUAGGGGAGCUCAAAAAACUUGAACAAUUGUUCUUAUGGCAGAACAAUUUAGUUGGGGCAAUCCCAAAAGAGGUUGGUAACUGUAGCAGUUUAAGAAGAAUUGAUUUCUCUUUGAAUUAUCUGUCUGGGACUUUACCAUUAACUUUGGGGGAACUUUCAAAGCUAGAGGAGUUUAUGAUUAGUGAUAACCAUGUCUCUGGUUCAAUCCCCUCUAGUCUUUCAAAUGCCAAGAACUUGUUGCAGUUGCAAUUUGAUAACAAUCAGAUUUCUGGGUUGAUUCCUCCAGAGCUUGGGGCUUUAUCAAAGCUUACUGUGUUGUUGGCAUGGCAGAACCAACUUGAAGGAUGCAUUCCUGAAAGUUUGGAGGGGUGUAGUAAUCUUGAAGCUAUUGAUUUGUCUCAUAACUCACUCACUGGGGCUAUUCCUUCUGGAUUGUUUCAGCUUCAUAAUCUCACAAAACUUCUGUUGAUUUCCAAUGAUAUAUCUGGUCCAAUCCCACCCGAAAUCGGUAACGCCAGCUCGCUUGUACGGCUACGGCUUGGAAACAACCGGAUUGCGGGUGGGAUUCCCAGAACAAUUGGCAGCCUGAGUAGUUUAGACUUUCUUGAUCUCUCUGGGAAUCGCAUCUCUGGUCCACUGCCUGAUGAGAUUGGCAAUUGCAGAGAGUUGCAGAUGAUAGAUUUGAGCUAUAAUGCUUUAGAAGGUCCCUUGCCCAACUCAUUGGGAUCUUUGUCUCAGCUUCAGGUCUUGGAUGUUUCAUAUAAUCGAUUUUCGGGUCAGCUUCUGGGGAGCUUUGGCAGUCUUGUUUCGUUAAAUAAGCUUGUUUUGAGAGCAAACUUGUUCUCGGGAUCGAUACCGACAUUUCUUGGGCUAUGUUCAGGUUUGCAACUACUCGAUCUUAGUAACAACCAUUUUACUGGAAACAUUCCACUGGAGUUGGGACAGCUUGAUGCUCUUGAAAUUGCUCUCAAUCUCAGCAACAAUGAACUCUAUGGGCCAAUCCCACCUCAAAUAUCUGCACUUACCAAGCUUUCAGUACUUGAUCUGUCGCGAAAUAAGCUUGAGGGCAACUUGAAACCGCUUGCCGGGCUGAGUAAUCUGGUCUCUCUCAACAUCUCUUACAAUAAUUUCAGUGGUUAUCUCCCUGACAACAAGCUUUUCAGGCAGCUAUCACCAAUGGACCUGACUGGCAAUGAAAGGCUAUGUUCUUCGAUCAGGGACUCAUGUUUCUCUAUGGAUGGAUCAAGACUAACGAGGAAUGGAAACAAUGUGAGACUAUCACAUAAGCUUAAGCUAGCAAUUGCCUUGCUUGUUGUUUUAACAUUUGUCAUGAUAAUCGUGGGGAUUAUUGCAGUGGUUAGAGCAAGAAGAAACAUAAUCGAUGAUGAUGAUUCAGAGUUAGGGGACAAAUGGCCUUGGCAAUUCACACCAUUCCAGAAACUAAAUUUCUCUGUGGACCAAGUACUAAGAUGCCUAAUAGAUUCAAAUGUGAUUGGAAAAGGAUGUUCUGGGGUUGUCUAUCGAGCUGAUAUUGGUAACGGCGAGGUCAUUGCAGUGAAGAAGCUGUGGCCAACAGUAUCAGCUGUCGCUAAAGGGUAUACUAACGAUAAACCAAGAGUUCGUGAUUCCUUCUCCACGGAGGUGAAAACUUUAGGCUUGAUUCGUCAUAAGAACAUUGUUAGAUUCUUGGGUUGUUGUUGGAACAAAAACACAAGGUUGCUUAUGUAUGAUUACAUGCCCAAUGGGAGUUUGGGAAGCCUCCUCCAUGAAAGAGGAGGGAAUAAUGUUGCCUUGGACUGGGCACUUAGGUACAAAAUCUUGCUUGGUGCAGCACAAGGGCUUGCUUACUUGCACCAUGACUGUGUCCCUGCCAUUGUUCACAGGGACAUCAAAGCCAAUAACAUUCUCGUUGGCCUAGACUUUGAGCCUUACAUUGCUGAUUUUGGCCUUGCCAAGCUUGUCGAUGAUGGCAAUUUCGGUCAGUCUUCCAACACCGUCGCCGGUUCUUAUGGAUACAUUGCUCCUGAAUAUGGAUACAUGAUGAAGAUCACAGAAAAGAGCGAUGUUUACAGUUUUGGCGUCGUAGUAUUGGAAGUCCUAACAGGAAAGCAACCAAUUGAUCCAACAAUACCAGAAGGGCAACAUGUGGUUGAUUGGGUGAGACAGAAGAAAGGGGUGGGAGUUCUAGACUCAACCCUUCUGUCUAGGCCAGAGACAGAGAUAGAGGAAAUGGUGCAAGUUUUAGGCAUAGCAUUGCUGUGCGUGAACUUCUCCCCGGACGAGCGCCCGAACAUGAAAGAUGUCGCUGCCAUGCUUAAAGAAAUCAAGCACGAAACCGACUCAAAGAUUGACGUGUUCGUUGAAGGGGGGAGUGAUGGUCAAGAAAACAAGAGGCCAAAGGGGGUGUUGGCAAUGGCAACAGCUUCAUCCUCGUCUAAUAAACCGGGAACGGAAAGUGUUUGUGUUAAAAGUGAUGGUUACAGCCUUUCUUCUUCCUCAUUGCUUUACCCAUCUUCCUCUAUUGCUGGGAGUCAAGUGAAUUAAAGAAUUGUAUAAUAUAACAAUACAGGGGAAAGGGUUUGUGAUUUCCAUUGAUUUUUCAGGCUGUUCUCUGUUUUUUUUUCUUGAUCCUUUUCAAUUUUUUCUAUGUAAAGAGAGA